AUGGCAUCACCUUCCGGACAGGAUCAACCGCAACGAGACGAGACUCCAGGCCAAGAAAUCCCGUCGUCAACGAAGCGGAAGCGAAACAGCCCGCCGCCUCGGCAGCGUGGAGAUUCCAUUCGCAGUAAUGCCAACGCCGACUCGACACAAACACAGACACAUGACAGAGAGCAGAUAACCCUAGCUGCUAGCUCCGCCAAUGAUCGUGAAUCCGAGCGCCCUUUCGCGUCUCUGGGAGUGACAGAGUAUACUGCAAAUCCUAGUCCGCAGCGUAUUCCGUCCUCAAGUGCGCCGUCGGAUGGCCAGGGGCAUAGUCAGGAUGCCGAACGCGACGAUAGCAGCGUAGUGGCAACGGUGGCGACGGAGUUCGAGGACGUAAUUCCGCCCGAUAUAACGGAGAAGCUUGUCGAAGUGUUUUAUCAUACCGCGUAUCCGUUACGGCCGUAUUUCCACUGGCCCACCUAUCGGGCUCAGAUCCAUUCAAGGCAGCACCGGUCGGACUGGGGUCUAUGGACGUUCACCAUGGCUGUGUGCACCAUGGCUGCCGCGCGCCUCUGCGAUGGUGUGCUCAUACCCACAGGAUUGCAUCCCCUACGCCUUCAAGCAGCUACUCUAUUCACAACAUGUUAUGAUGCCGCCAAUAAGGCUCUCCCCGCGGAUAUCAUGACCGUUCCAGACCCAUAUCAUGCCAUGAAGGCCAAAGCUCUCUUAGCUUCGGCGUGCCUGCAAAAUGGGGAUUGGAGACGUGCAGUGGCUCAUUUGGGAGACUACGCCUCGUUAUCCGCGACGACGGGCUUUUGUCAAGAGAGCAAUUGGCCGGCAUACAUAACGGAGAUCCAGAGGCAGGAGAGGCGCAGAGUUUUCUGGGGGGCAUAUCAGCAGGAACAGUAUCUGGCCAGCAGUUUCGGACUUGCCUCUCGACAAAGAGAGGUCAAGGCGAUGGUCAAAUAUCCCGCUGAGGUAUCUGACGAUGACGACAUAACUGAGACAGGUGUGCAGCUUUGGGCGGAUCAAGUAUCCUUUCUCACGGGUUGGAACUUCUGUUCUGAUCUCUAUCGCAUCCUCGAGCGCCUGCAGGGAACUGAAAGGGCCAGGCAGCAAGCAAUGCUGGGAGAACCUGGCUAUAAAACUGAAGCAUUCUUGUCGGAACUAUACUCCUCCAAGAAAUUGGCUGCAAAAAGCCUUCAUUUUGUCUCUGAAUCGUACGAGAAUCUGCCUCUUGCCUUGAAAAAAGUAAAGGCAAUGACAGGCGACGUACGAAAAGACAGGUACGGCUUCAUAGCUUGCAAUGUACUGUUGACGACGCAGACACUGAAGAUGCUGUUGGUGGGCACGGAAGGACCAAGUGUACAUAUGCGCUGCGCCAUCGCCAGUGAGCUCCUCGAUGAGCUCAGCAGCAUCCCCAUGUCAUUGUUUCAUGCCUCCAGUACACUCCGCCACCUGGCUCAAAUCGGGCACAUUCUGGGAGGAGGCAUACAGGAUACGCUACCAAUAUGGACUUUUCUUCAGAUUCGAAAUAUUCUUAUCGUUCUAGCUGACUUCCUAGAAGAAGUUGAAUCAACUCGCAUGACCUCGCCUGGUCUGGCGGUGAAGCUGCGGGCCAAGAUUGAUCGUAUCUCCGAUUGUAUUGAACGAGUUUCUCAGAAUGCUGAAGAAACAAACCCUCGCUCAAUGGCCCGCAGCUUGCUAGUCAAUUGGCGAGAGGCCUCUUCAAAUGAGCUGGUAUUCAUACCCGAUCUUUCGAGCAUGACGUUCCACAUGACGGGGGACAACGCGUUGAAUCCGUCACCCCACAUUCUUCGAAUGCAGUGGAUCAAGGACAGCCCGGUCUAG